GGUCAGAUCGUUUAGCUGAAGGCGCUCAGUUUGGGAGAGGGACUUGCCGUCGGGAGUUCGGAGACAUCGACGAGGACGAUGAUCGAUCAGAAACGCAAGGCGCAGGAAAUGGCGCUGAUUCCGACCAAGCGGCCGAGGAACGAGGCGGUCCCAGGGGUUCCGCAGCAGGCGGGUCCCCCGAGAACAUCAAGUCUUCAAGCUCCUAUAAUGCUUCUAACAGGUCAUGAGGGAGAAGUUUACUGUUGUAAGUUCCACCCAAAUGGAUCAACGCUGGCAUCUUCGGGAUUUGACCGACUCGUACUGUUAUGGAAUGUGUACGGAGACUGUGAAAAUUAUGCUACAUUAAAAGGCCACAGUGGAGCAGUAAUGGAAUUGCAUUAUAACACAGAUGGCAGCAUGCUUUUUUCAGCAUCAACAGAUAAAACUGUCGCAGUGUGGGACAGUGAAACAGGUGAAAGAAUCAAGAGAUUGAAAGGGCACACUUCCUUUGUGAAUUCAUGUUACCCAGCAAGACGAGGACCACAGUUAGUCUGCACAGGAAGUGAUGAUGGAACAGUAAAGCUUUGGGACAUCCGGAAGAAAGCUGCUAUCCACACAUUUCAGAACACAUAUCAAGUACUGGCGGCAACGUUUAAUGACACAAGUGACCAGAUUAUCUCUGGUGGUAUUGAUAAUGACAUAAAGGUUUGGGACCUCCGACAAAACAAGUUAAUUUAUACUAUGCGUGGUCAUACAGAUUCUGUGACUGGCUUGGCUCUGAGUGGAGAUGGCUCUUACCUCCUUUCUAAUUCAAUGGACAAUACAGUACGAGUCUGGGACAUCCGUCCAUUUGCUCCAAAAGAGAGAUGUGUAAAAAUAUUCCAGGGUAAUGUGCAUAAUUUUGAAAAGAACCUCUUGAGAUGUUCAUGGUCGACUGAUGGAAGCAAGAUAGCUGCUGGAUCUGCUGACAGAUUCGUUUAUGUCUGGGAUACAACAUCACGAAGAAUACUAUAUAAAUUACCAGGGCAUGCAGGCUCAGUGAAUGAGGUAUCAUUUCAUCCAGAAGAACCAAUUAUUCUUUCCGCAUCCAGUGACAAAAGACUGUACAUUGGAGAGAUACAGUGAAAAGGAAGAGUUUGCGUAGAAGGACUCGUCGGCCAUCAACUAACAAUUACACAGAAAAUGUCCAAAUUCCAGACAAAAAUGUCAUGCUGGUGGAAAGAAAAAUAUAUAGAUUCUUGACAGGUGAACCACCCUGUUUCACUGCUUGGCAAAUGAACCGGGCUAUUUCCCCAGUUUGUACACUUCCUGUGGAGACUGAUUUGAAUGCAGAAUCUGAAUCUAGGCAGUCUGCAGCUAUAAAAACUGGCCUGCACUCAAUUUUGUAUCGUGGCUGGACAGACAGGUUUUUUUUUAAACUAUAAUCUGUUUUGUAAUAGUCAAAAGAAAUAAAUUCACACCACUUUUGCUACAACUGUUCCUAGAUAUGGAUGUGACAGGAGUAUGUUUGAAACACCUCCACAGCUUUGUAAUCGUUCAACCUGUAAUUCCUGUUUUGUCUUCAGUCCUCUGAGUAGUAAACAAUUAGAUUAAUAUGGUGUUAUGACACUCCAGUUUUUACAUUUUUGGAUCUUUAACUAAUUGCUAGUUUGAUACAACUAACUUGAAUAUACCUUGAAUAUGCUGGUGACCCCAUUCUCAGCCCUUACAGAAGUUGAUCCCUUUCUUAGUCAUAAUAUGCUAAAUGUUCAGUAAUAGUUUCAGAUUUUCUCCCUACAAAUGACUGUUUUACCUAAUGGAUACCUUCUAACCAGAUGCUAAGGAUCAAGCCAAUGAUACAGGCGCUGUUACAAAAAUGUGUGGUAGUUUAAGACAAGCCACAUUUUGUAUCAGAAGUAGAUACAUGGUGAUUACCCACAUACUACUUUACUUGUUUAAAUUGACCUCCAUUGGGAGUGUUUUUCUCCCCCAAGGCAUCAAGACAUGCAUACUGAUAGCUACAAUAGCCAUAAAUUCCAGGUAACUUUUUUGUUUUUGUUAAGCAAAAGUGUUAAGGAAUAUGGGCCAAGGAAAAGAAUGUGGCGUUAGGUCAUGGUUCAGCCAAGAUCUCAUUAAAUACUGGAACAGUCUUGAGGGCCUGAGUGGUCAACCCUACAUUGUACAAGAAAAGGAAAAAAAUUGAUUAUUCCACUUAGACUGAUAGUGGGUUUGGCUUUUUUUUGGGAAUCUUCUGCAGUACCGGCAACUUGAUAUCUAGUAGGGCACCACGUCAGCCAGGGUACUGUCUAUUCUUGAGCACUCUGACUGCCCGGUCAAGGCGAGAGAGGUUAGAAUCACAGGAGUGCCCGUUGUGAAGUUCUCAGCCAGGUCCUUUGCGGUAUGCUGGAAGCCUUUCACGUGAGCCCAGCUGCUACUGGUAGUACAUGUUGGGACUUGACACAUCCAAGUCUUGGUUAGUUUCCCAGUCUUUUGCAAGAGUUUUGCAGAAUUCUGGGGUAUCCAAGCUACGAUAGCUAUAUUCAUUCUUGCAAACACUUUUGUCGAUUAUCAAAAGUCAUCUGACAUAGGAGCUAGCUGAUAAGUUGCUAUUCAAGACUACUGGCAUUUUUGAGUUGCUACCACCUCUUUCAUGUCAACAGUGCUGCUUACGUUAUACUUGACAUUACCCGCAACCCUUUGCUAGAAAAGAUGCAACAAUGUUGUGAGUUGCCGAUUGCUUUCGGUAAUGUUGUGCAGGGUCCCCUGUGUGUUGAUUUUAUGGAUGUUAAAGGAAACUAAGGAUCUUUUCAAAUAAACCAAAUAGAAGAGUAGAAUGCAAGAUACUUUUGUGCAGCAAUCAAUUUGCAAAUCAAACCUGGUUGCAUGUAGCUAGAAGCAUAUGAACAGGAGCAGACCAUUCACACUAUCAAGCCUGUUCCUACAGUCAGUGAUCAUGGCUGAUCUGUGACCUAUUGUACUCGUCUUUGGCCCACUGUGGCGAUAAAUGAAGUUAAUGUUUCAAUUGUGGUGACCCACCUUCAGAAGCUGCUGUGAAAUAGGGUCACUGGACUCAAAAUGUUAACUCUGCUUUCUCUCCAUAGAAAUUGCCAGAUCUUUUGAAUUUCUCCAGCAAUAUAUGUUUAAAUAACUUACCUGCCUCGUCUUUUCCUGUUAAUAGCUGUCAGAGGACUUUCCUUUUAUGAAGAACUUCAGGAAUCUGGAGAAUUAGUGAGGAACACUCUUGUUGGGUAGUUAAGGAGGAGAGCAGUUUUGGGUACAACAAAAUUCCACAAAAAAAAUGCUCGUGUCCUGUAGUAAGGAGUAGUUACUUUGAAUGCCCAUUGAUGUUUUGGUUGAAGUAAACAUUAAAAAUCCUGUACAACUGAACAA